UGACAGGCUGCAAGAGCACCCAGUUCGCUGGAGAGAUGUGGCCUGGCAGGCGAGGGCUGACAGUGAAGGGCUCCAACGGAGGCUGUGAGAACUGGAGCAGGCACUGGAGCGGGCACAGGAUGACAAGCGAGACAUGCAUGAAGCCCCAAAGCACCCAUGCCAUUGGCAUGCCAAGACUCUGGCUGUGCACUCACUGCACCCCAGCUGCUGUGCUCUGACACAGAGCAGACCACAGAGCCUGCAGAAGUCACUGCCUCGACGCUUCCUUCAGUGUUUGAGAAGGAGAUGGUUUUAGCAGAGGUAAAACCUCAGCCAGAGGUUUGCGGUCUUUGCCACAUGCAAAACUCCGUGCUCAUUUUCGCUCUCCCACGCUCAGCAGAGGUUGAACAAACCUUCCACCCCCACUCCCCAGGGCUCUCUCUGGCCCCUGCCACAGCCCAGUGGGACAAGGAGAGGAGGCACAGCCACUCCAGGUGCACAGGCUGCAAGAGAAAUCCUCAGUUCUCACUUGCUGGAGCCCUGGCUGGCCACAUGUUCUGGAUUCCCAGCACAGGGACUGCCUGCUUGUCCCUCCUAUUGUCACCAUUUGUCCCUUUCUCCUCUCCCUGGCUCCCAGAAAUGACCCGGCAAUACCAGGAGCUGCAGAAACAGACGGCAGCACACAGCCAGCACUUGGAGGCAAAAGUGAAAAGCCUGCAGGAACAGCUGGCCACCAGGCUGCAGGAGAGCCAGCACACCCAGCAGGCUGCCACCAAGGCACUCACAGAGAGGGACAGGACCAUCGCCCAGCUGCAGGGCAGAAUGGACAUCAUGCAGAGGGAGUACGAGAAGAUUCUCCACGGUAGCCUGGACCUGGUGCUGAACAAGAUGGCAGAGGCCAGGCAGCACUGGGAGGAGGUGAGCACAACCAUCUGCCUGGAGCACAAGCAGCGCCUGCAGGAGUUCGGCCUCAACCCCCUGGAGAUGUAGCACCCGGUGACCCCCAGGGGUCUCAGCCUCUGUCAGCACAGCUGCCCCAGGGUCCUGUCUGUCCCUUGGACGUGCUGCUGAGUGACAGACCCCCCCAGCACACCACUCACGUGAACGGCAGCAUGGAUUUGUCCUUUAAUCACUCCCCAAAGCGGUGAUGCGGAAACAGUGCCAUGAUGGGUGCAGGUCCCACCCAGCAGUUUGCAGAGGAGGAGCACGAGGGAGAUGUCCAUGCAGGGCAGACCUGAGCCCAGCUGAGAGCUGGGGGGUUCCUCCAGCACCCUGUACCACUGCUGCUCCUUUUCCACUUGGCCCAAGGUCCAGCCCCCUGGGUCAUGGCGCGGAGGGCAGUGCCUUGGCUCUCCUGGGAGCAAUCCAGAGCCCCGAGCUGAGCAUUGUGUCCCCAAAUAUCCCUGGAGGCAUGGGUCCGUCUUCAGGUUACUGCUACAUUCAAUAAAAGCUUGAGGCCAACCUCGGCCAGUGGA